AUGCCGCUGAAAGACUUCCACACUUUUUCAAGAAUGCUAAGAUUUGACAACCGUGAGUCAAGACCAGCAAGGUGUGUGACGGUCAAACUGGCAACCAUCAGAGAGGUCUGGGAGAAGUGGGUUGACCGUCUGCCAUACCGAUACAACCCUCGACCUGAAGUCACAGUAGAUGAGCAGUUGGUUCUAUUCAAAGGUCGCUGUCCUUUCCGGCAGUAUAUGUCAAGCAAGCCAACAUAUGGCAUCAAAAUAUGGGUGGCCUGUGAUGCAAAAUCCAGCUAUGCAUGGGAUAUGCGAGUCUAUACUGGGAAGCUGCCCAGUGGAGCACCUGAGAAGAACCAGGGGAUACGUGUUGUAGUUGAUUUGACGGUUCGACUGAGGGAGCACAACAUCUCAUGUGACAACUUACAAGGAUUAGUGGUCUUCUCGACAGAGUUUCCCUUCACCCCCACCACUACUCUUGUUUCUUACCUCCCAAAAAAAGAACAGAACAUGGUCCUGCUGAGUAGACUACACAAGGCAGCUGAAAUCAGUGAUCAUGAAGACAAGAAGCCAGCCAUCAUCGUGGACUACAACCGCACUAAAGGGGGCUUGGACAACCUUGACAAGGUUAUUGGAACAUACAGCUGCAGAAGGAUGACUGCACGCUGGCCCCUGGUCAUCUUCCACAACAUCCUUGUAGUCUCAUCAUACAAUGUCUUUGUGAUAUGGCAGACAAUCCACCCAACCUGGAUGGCUGAGAAGAAGAACAGGAGGAGGAUUUUCCUGCAGCAAUUGGGAAAGGCUCUUGUCACCCCAUGCAUCGAAAGAUGGGAGCACCUCACCCACACAGAAGCCUCUGCAGCACUUGUGAGAGCUGCUCACUGA